UACUCAAUAUUCUUUUUUCAAACUUUUGCCCCCACAAAUGCUUAAUCUUUUCACUUUUUUACCACCGCAAAAUUUGGUUCUAAUGUAAAGCAUAUGUUGUCUUUCCUUUAAACAGUUGAUUCCUUGUACUUUAUAUACAACAAUGCAACCCCAUUUCCCUUUCACUUCUUAAACAAACAUACCCCACUUUUAAACAAACUUCUUACUACUCCUCUUCCUCUUCAAGCUCUGAACAAUUUACACAAAGUUUAGAGCUUUUGAAGGUACAAAUUUCACUUACCCUUUUUGAGUUCUUCAUUUUGGUUUCAUAUUUCAGUUGUUUUAGUAGCACAAAGUGGAAUCUUGAAGGGGAAAAUGUGGUUUUUUUUUUUUUUUUGAGUUUCAUAUUUCAGUUGUUUUAGUAGCACAAAGUGGAAUCUUGAAGGGGAAAAUGUGGUUUUUUUUUUUUUUUGAGUAAGGGUGCUUAAAGAUAAGAGUCUUAUUUGUGUUUUCUUGAUUGUGGUGAGGAAAAGAAGAGGAGUUUACUACCUUGUUUUGGUGAAAAUGGGGUUCAAAUUGUGGUUUUUUUGACUAAGGGUGUUUAAAGAAGAAAUCUAGUGUGUGUUUUGUUGGUUGUGGUGAAGGAAACUAAAGGAUUUUCCAUCUUGUUUGGUGAAAAUGUGGUUUAACUUGUGCUUUUUUUGACUAAGGGUGUUUAAAGAAGAAAUUUUUUGUAUGUUUUGCUGGUUGUGGUGAGAGAAAAUGAGGGAUUUUCCAUCUUGGUUUGGUGAAAAUGGGGUUGUUUUUGACUAAGGGUGUUUAAAGAUACAAUUUUGUGUGGUUUUACUUGAUUGUGGUGAAGGAAAAUGAGGGAUUUUUUAUCACGUCUUGGUGAAAAUGGGCUCAAGUUGUGUUUUUUUUUUUUUUUUGACUAAGGGUGUUUAAAGAUAGUCUUUUUGUGUUUUCUUGAUUGUGUGAAGGAAAGUGAGGGAUUUUUCAUCUUGUUUUGGUGAAAAUGGGGCUCAAGUUGUGCUCUUUUUGAUUAAGGGUGUUUAAAGAUACAAUCUUUUGUGUGUUUUCUUGAUUGUGGUGAAGGAAAAAUGAGAGAUUUCCCAUCCUGUUUUGGUGAAAAUGGGGUACAAGUUGCUGAUGCCUCAUGUUCAAGUGUUGGUGUGACUAAAACCCCACAGAAUUUAGUUACCUGUGUUUAUCAGUGUAAAUUACUGGGGAAAUCUUGUCUGAUUACAGUUGCUUGGACCAAAAGUUUGAUGGGGCAAUGCCUUAGUGUUGAAAUUGAUGAUAUGUCUCAUCAAUGUCUUUGUAAAGUUGAUGUAAAGCCUUCUCUUUUCUCCAAAAGAAAAGGGUCAAGGUCUUUAGAAGUUAGUAGUUCUUGUAAAAUUGACAUCCAUUGGGACUUUUCUCUGGCCAAAUUUGGAUCUGGGCCAGAACCUAUUGAAGGUUACUAUUUAGCUGUAGUGUGCAAAGGAAAGAUGGUUUUGGCCAUUGGGGAUCUGAGGAAAGAAGCAUUCAAGAAGAGUAAUGCAACUCCCCCUCUUACAAAUGCAAUGUUUAUUUCCAAGAGGGAACACAUAUUUGGGAAGAGGGUGUUUGGUACUAAGGCUCAAUUUUGUUAUACUGGUCCAAUUCAUGAGAUUACAAUUGAGUGUGACUCAAAUGUCAAUGAUGAUCCUUGCCUUUUGGUCCGUAUCGAUUCGAAAACUGUUAUGCAAGUGAAGCAUUUGCGCUGGAAGUUUCGCGGCAACUACACUGUUUUAAUUGAUGGACUACCUGUUGAAGUUUUUUGGGAUGUUCAUAAUUGGUUGUUUAGUAGCAAUUUUGGGAAUGCAGUGUUCAUGUUUCAAACUUGUUUAUCAGCUGAGAAGUUGUGGACUACACAAACCUUAUCUGAUCUCUCUGUCAUGCCUUGGCCUUACACAGAGAGUACUUUGAGCAACUCAAAAUCAUCUGGUUUGGGUUUUUCUUUGGUUUUGUAUGUUUGGAAGAAUGAGUAGUUGAGUGUUCUUCCAGUAUUUCCCAAAAAAGAUUAAUUUUUUAAGAUCUUGUUUGUGAACUUGAUUUGAGUUAUUGCUAAUGAAUAUACUUCUUUUUUUUUCUCUCUUUUAA